AAAUUAUUUUUUUUUUUUAUAUACUCGGGUAAAAGCGGAGUUGAACGAUCGUUCGCGAGGGUCGCGAGGUUAUCGACCGUUCGCACAAUACACGCGAACUCGUGGGCAACAAUUAACGCGAGUGAAAGGAGCGCGGUUCCUGGAUGCCUCGAAACAACGGCGAACCCUCAUCCUCAGCGUCGGUCGAUGGAUACGAGAAGCACCGUCGCUCGCAGCGAGGUGUUCGCUUCCGGAUGAGACGAAGGAGACUGUCAUCGUGGUCGUUAACCAACGCCGUAUAAAGGAAUGUUGUCCGUUUAACGAUAGAGACGGAGAGGAGUUGAAACGAUCGAGUGCAGUGAGAGAGCGAGAACGAGAGAGAGAGAGACAGAGAUAUCGAGAUGUUGACUCUGAUGUGCCCAAACUGUCGACACCGAUUCCCGGCACCGGGAUGCUGCGAUUCGUCAGUGAUGACGUCUACGCCGAGGGAUCAGUUCUCGACGAUCUGCGGGGGUGACUUCCUCGUGCCUCGAGGAUACCUUCACGGCGGAGGCUGCGUGGUAAACGCACCGACCAUCGUCCAUGGUCCCACGAUAAUUCACGGAUUGGGAGCGGCGCAGGACGUGCUUCACAAUAACCAAAACGAAUUGACGAAUCUGAUCUUACGCAGCGAUCGGCAGAAAGUUGAGCAACCGUCUCAGGUGGAGGGGAAAGGCGGUCGGAUAUCGUCUCACUGUCAGAUCGGAGACACCCGGGAUUUGACCGCGACGGGGAAGAAGCAGCGUGACACCGAGGCGUCAAUCCCCGAGCCAAAUCCCCAGAGAGGAAUAUUCCAGAACCCUCAUCCGAUGCUUUUCCCACCUCCGAGUGGGUGUCAGGAGCUUCCGGGAACGCGGGCGUCUGCAAAUUCCGGUUCGGCGGGCACCGCCUUCGACUUCCGGUUCCCCGACGCCGAGGAAUACGCUGACUGGACACGAAGGAAAAACGGCGAGGUGCCGAAAUUGACGGGUUCAAUCGGGUCGGGGAAUUUGACGAAAUCUGCGGCGGUUUCCGCCGCUGCUGGAACCGUCAUACAAGUCAACGCGACCCUCCAACUUCCGCCGAACGUCGGUCAGUGCACCGUCAGCAUAACGGCGACGGCUAAUUCUAUGCCGAGUUUGAGCAGCUCUAGGAGUCGGAACAACUUCAACGGCGGUGGAAUCGUCGAACCUGAGGGUUUCGGGAACACCGGAUACGGAUGCGACCGCGAGGACAAUAGCCCGACCACUCCUGUUUCCUGGGUUCUACCCUUUCCCUGGGGAACGAACGGGAACUCCGGUAACAACAGCACCGAUUUGGAAAGACUCAGCGCCGCUCAGAGGGUGCUCCAGAUAUCCGGAUGGUACCACGAGGGUCUCAGUUGGCAGCAGAGCGCCGCUUUGCUGAACAACACUCCUGUGGGAUCCUGGCUGAUGAGGGACAGCUCGGACAAGCGGUACAUGUACGCGGUUUCCGUGCAAACUGCCCGGGGUCCGACGGCCGUAAGGGUUCACUACCUCUGCGGGAAGUUUCGACUCGACGCCGAACCCCGCAUGGCGCCGCUUAUGCCGAUGUUCGAUUGCCCUAUUAAAAUGAUCGAGUACUAUAUCGAGUACUCGAAGAAGAUGGAGGAGCAGAAGGAGGUUUGGGUCGAUCACAGCGGGCAGCUAUACAGUCAGAUUUAUCUGACGAAACCUUUGGUCAAGGAGGUCAGAUCCUUGUCGCAUUUCGCGAGGCUCGCUAUUAACAGGAGCAAAAUAUCUACCAAGGAACUACCGGCACCACUCAGGGAUUAUAUUGCGGAGUAUCCUUACACCGAGUGAUC